AUGGAUAUCAUAAACCGCUACCUCGGAGAGGUCUCCUCCGUAUCCAGACUCAACCAGAAGGACCAGGUAGCCCAGCUUUCCAGGUUGCUCAGUCUUGACCCGCAAGUGAAUCAGUAUGUGCUCGUAUUGAACUCCAUCCCAAGUGAGGUCAGCUUGAAGCAGAUCAACAUCGAGAACUACAACGUCUACAACAACGAGUGGUUGGCGUUCAACGAACUCUUGCUCAGCUUCAUCAACUUUGCCCUCGAACUCAAUCCGUGGUCAGCUUUAGAGUCCUACGAUUUGUACACCACCUACUUGAACGACCUAUCCAUCGCAUUCAACAACAAUAAUCGUGGGCAUCUUUUGAGUUAUCUUGUCAAGGAGUCAAUUCAAACAAUAAUCCCUCUAUCCAUCAAGCUCGACGCCCAAUUCUUCAUCAAGGAGUUCCGUUCACGUCCCAGAUUGACAUACUUAGCAUCGGUGCUUUUGAAGAUCUUCAACAAUAUCAGAUCGCAGAUCAAUGACACCAACCAGCUCAAGAAGACCAUCAUAUUGUUCGUGAGCAACAAGCUAUGCUUGAUCUACUUCAAGCUCGAAAACCCGCUUCUCUGUCGGAAUAUCUUCUCCAACAUGAAUAAUGCCAACUUGAGUAUGCGGACCUUUUCCAAGUUAGAGCAGGUUCAGUACAGGUACUACUUGUCCAAAUUCUACUUGAUCAAAGAUCAGCUCAUUGAGAGUUUUGGGCACAUCCAGUGGUGUCUCUUGAACUGUCCGUUGGGGGGCUCUAGCCAAGAAAGGUCCAAUUUGGAGAAGAUUUUAAAGAUCUGGUUGCCUGUGUGCUUGGUGAUUGGAAAAGUUCCCAACUUCAAUUAUAUCCACCAGAUUAGUGGGCCAUCUCCGAUCGUACAGAUGUACUCCAAGUUGAGUCACCAUAUGGGCGUGGGCAAUUUCCAGGGCUUCAACACCGUGCUCUUGGAAAACUACACCUACCUUAAAGAGAACAACCUAUUGUUGUUGUUGGCCAACAAAAGCAAGGUGCUCAUUUUGCGGAAUCUCGUCAAGAAGGUAUGGAAACUAAUGGGGUGUCCUACCAAUCUUGACUUCGAUAUAAUCAAGAGUGCGCUUGCCCUCUCGCUAGGAAGCACAAGCUACGACAAAUCCACGUUCCCAUUUCUCCAGAGCCCUCACGAUAUUGACGAUUACUUGGUGGAAAACAUCUUCAUUUCAUUGAUUGACCAGAACUUAUUGAAAGGGAAGAUAUUUUUGGUGCUCCGGAAGGUAGCACUCAGCAAAAUGAACGCCUUUGCCAGAGUUGGCGAUAUCAACUUCACUCGGUUCUCGAGAAACUCCAAGGCAGAUGCGUGGAUGAAUCAGUGA